AGCACUCGUAAUGAUACACACUCCCGUGCCUUAGUUUCGCUGUGACAGUGUAUUGUGAUAAAAUAAACACAUGAAGAAUUCGAGAUUUGAUCUUCACUUGUUUUCAUUAUGACGAAGCGUCGAAGAAUCUUUCACGCGGACAAAAUAAUACAAAAUGUUGUUCAUGUGUUCUGUUUGUUGAUGUUUUUACAGUUAAAAGAUUAUUACACAGAGGCAAGCAACCCAUUAUUACUAUAUUCAACAUCAGCCGACAUACGAAUUAUAGAAGUAUCAGAAUUACAGCCAAAGCUUACGAGAAACGACACUAUUGUCAAGGGCCUAGAGCAAGGGUCAGCAGUGGAUUUCCUCCAUAGAAAAAACUUAAUAUGCUGGUCGGAUCAAACUGCAGAGUUAAUACAAUGUAUGAGCUACAACAAAACACAUUCAGGAGAAAAGAUUCGAAUAGUAUCAGAAGGGCUAAUAACUCCUACUGGAAUUGCCAUCGAUUGGUAUACAGAGAAGAUAUACUGGACAGAUGGAGAGACAAACAGAAUAGAAGUAAUUAGCAUUGAACAGAAACAUAGGAAGGUGUUAUUCUGGUCUGAAGUGGAUUUGGCCCGAGCUAUUGCCAUAGUUCCUAAAGUAGGACUGAUGUUUUGGACAGACUGGGGAGAGAUACCCAAAAUAGAAAGAGCCGGUAUGAAUGGUGAUCCUAAAACUCGAAAAAUAAUUGUUAAAGAUAACAUAUUUUGGCCUAAUGGCAUUACAAUAGAUUAUAAUAACAAUAUGAUCUAUUGGGUAGACGCAAAACUGCAGUUUGUAGAUGUUAUUGACUUCAAUGGUAAUAAGAGAAAUAGAGUUGUGGAGGGAAAAAUAGAGUACCCAUAUGCUCUCGCCUUCUUUAGUGAGAAGCUUUAUUGGACUGAUUGGAAGACCUGGAGCAUCUACUCCUGGGAUAUAACGUCAAAUGGUCCAAUAAACGAACUUAUGAAAUCCUCACCAGUACCAGUAGAUAUCAAAGUGUAUGACCAAAGCAGGCAACUCAUGCCUGAAGGAGAUUACCCAUGUAAAGUGAAUAACGGUGGCUGUUCACAUUUGUGCCUUUUGUCGCCCAAUGCACCUGGUUACACAUGCGCAUGCCCAACAGGCGUGAAAUUACGAGAGAACAGUAAUACAACCUGCUACACAAGUCCUCAGUCAUUACUUCUAGUCGCUCAACGUUCUACGAUAUCAAAAAUAUCCCUAGAUUCGCUUGACUUUACACCUUACACACUGCCAUUAAAGGACUUGAAGAGAGCCCAGACUGUUGAUUUUGAUCCUAAGCAUGAAUAUUUUUAUUGGGCUGAUAGUCUGGCAAAAACCAUAUCCCGCGCUCGCUUAGACGGUAGUGAGCAAUCCGUUGUAAUACACAGCAACGGAAUGCCGGAUAGUAUCGCAGUAGAUCCAUUGGCGAGAAACAUUUACUGGACCGAUCCCGUCACGGACACUAUUAGCGUGGCGAAGCUCGAUGGUAGCUCUAGAAAGGUUCUAAUUUAUGACGAUCUAUAUCAACCACGAGCCAUAGUACUUCAUCCGACCGCUGGAUUAAUGUUCUGGUCAGACUGGAAUGAGAAGAAACCAAAGAUCGAGCGAGCUUAUCUCGACGGAAGCGGUCGUACUUUACUUGUAUCCGAAACUCUAACUUGGCCUAACGGAAUGGCGUUAGAUGUUAUCACCAAUAAGCUAUAUUGGGGUGAUGCUAAAACACAUAAAAUUGAGUUAUGCAACAUAGACGGAUCUGGGAGGAAGGAACUUCAUACGAAUGAUAUUCUUCACAUAUUUGGUCUCACUCUACUCGGCACACAUUUGUACUGGACUGACAUGCAGCGACGCACUCUGGACCGCAUUAAUAAGGACAGUGGAGAAGAAAGAGAGCCGGUAGUGGAACAAAUGGCGAAUAUGAUGGGGGUAAAAGCGAUCCGAUUGGGUGAGCAACUAGGUUGGAACCAGUGCGUGAAUGAUAAUGGAGGUUGCAGCCAUCUGUGCUUCAAUAGACCUAAGGAUUACGUGUGCAGUUGUCCUCUGGAACUGGAACUGAGUAAGGACAGAAAGACCUGUGUAGAGCUAGAAGCGUUUCUCUUAUACAGCCGUAAAACAGAAAUUGGCCGAAUAAGUCUUACAUACGAAAACAACGACGCCAUCUUACCCUUCGCGGAGCUAAAAGUAGUUAGUGCCUUAGCGGUUCACGUAUCCGGGUCCAAGUUAUACUGGUCUGACAGCAAAGCGAAAACAAUCAACCGGUGUUCGUUAAACGGUUCUAAUAUGGAGACUGUAGUCGAAGGAAUGGGAACUGUUGAAGGUUUAGCAAUAGACUGGUCUAGCCAUAACAUCUAUUGGACCGACGGAAUGACACAACGUGUCGAAGUGGCAAGACUUGAUGGCUCCAGCCGCAGAACACUCAUUUGGCAAGGUCUCAAGAAACCUAAGAGCAUUGUUUUGGAUCCUAAGAAAGGUUACAUGUACUGGUCCGAACUGGGCUCUAGAAGCAUUAAACGAGCCGCCAUGGACGGAUCAUCACCCACUAUAUUCAUGGAGCAAGUCGGCCGAGUGCACUCAUUAGCCUUAGAUUACGAUAAGCGCGCUCUCUAUUGGGCAGCGGUAGAUCCUGCUGUUAUAGAAUUCGUAUAUCUGAACGGUUCUGGAAGAAAGUUACUGGUUGAAAAUCUAACUAUACCAUAUGCCUUAACCUUGUAUAAUGAUAAGGUGAUUUGGGGUGAUUGGACUGGCAACAUAGAAGAAGCAAAGAAAACAGAUGGUUCAAAUCGCAAGGUAAUACAUACAAAACUGGAUUACUUAUCCGAUUUAAAAGUGUUCCACCGCACAAAAUCAUCUGGAGGUAACCAAUGUGGCGUUGACAAUGGCGGAUGCUCGCAUCUUUGUUUGCCAUUGCCAUCGGAAACUAGAGCAGACUACCGUUGUGCUUGCCCUGCCCAUUAUAAAUUAAAUAAGGACAACUUGACCUGUUCAGAACCCGAAGAAUUUCUAUUGUUUGCGCAAAGGAACUCCAUUGGUCGAAUAUAUGUUGCGAACGGAGAAUGUAAUGAUGCGUACAUACCUCUAACUGGAUUGAAGAGCGUCAAAGCAAUCGAAUACGAUCCUGUUAAAAAGCAUUUAUACUGGAUGGAAGACGACUCCCAUGCUAUACGAAGAGUCCCUAUCUCAUACUCUUCAACUUCGACGGUUACCGACGCUUGGCCUGUAGUAACGGACUUAGCAAGACCUUUCCACAUGGUAUUGGAUGUUCUUGGGAGAGCUUUGUACUGGACUUGCAUAGAUACCGACUCAAUCAACGCUACUUCUAUUGAUGGCAAUUCGACGGGUGUCAUUUUGCGAGGACCUAACAUGAUGCCUAGGCAUUUAGCUUUCCAUCAGAUUAAACGCAUUCUGAUAUGGAACGACGUAGGCCUUGGCGCCAUAAUGCGUGCGAGCGUAGAUGGCACAUCUCUAAAGGAAUUGGCUCGUGCGACCAACGCGACUGCCCUGACUAUAGACCAAGCCACAGGCACUGUUUACUGGGCCGUUAACCGGCAGAUACACGCUGUUGAUCUCGACUCUCAUAAUGAGCGCGUAAUCUGGAAAGGCGGCUGGGCAGGCGUGCUGGCUGUGUACAUGGGCCAGGUGUACCUGUCGGGCGGCGAACGAGCGCUCAUGCGGCUGGCGCCCAGGCCAAAUGCACCCGCCACGGCCGUGCCACACGUGCCGAAACCCAGCGCCGCAGUUGCUGUGCACAAGGUCCCGCGAGAGCACCCGUGCUGGGGCGGGCGGCGGUGCGGCGGCUUGCCGGGCGCGUGCGCGGCCGACGGCGAGUGCGGCUGCGCGCUGUCGUGCGCGCCGGAGCCCGCCGAGACCGCGUGUCCGCCCGACCGCUUCCUCUGCCGCCUGGCGCGCGACGCGGCGCCGGACGCGCUCACCGCGCCGCUGCACACGCACUGCAUCCCUCUCGACUGGAAGUGCGACGGCCAGCCGGACUGCCCGGACGGGUCGGACGAGGACGGGUCGUGCGGCGCGUGCGCCGCCGGCGUGCGCUGCACCGACGGCUCGUGCGCGGAGACGCUCGGCGCCUGCGCGGGCGGCGCGCUCUGCCCGACACACGCGCUGCCCGACGCCUUCCGCUGCGACGACCGCCUAUGCCUAGCGGCUAAGCUCCUCUGCGACGGACAGCCACACUGCGACGACGGCACCGACGAAGCUCCCGCAGCCUGCGGCUUCGCGCAGAAGGUGGACACCGAUGUAUUGGCCGCUCUUUAUUAUUUUAUUUUCAUUUUCACUAUCAUAAUUUGCGCAAUUGAUUUCAUUAUUUUGCUAUGAUUUUGUGUUUCUUAAACAAACAUUUCUUUGGUUAUUUA